AUGUCUACAGCUACAACGCCCUCACUACCUCGAAAUAUUGAAAAACAGUCAAAGGCGUCAAGCUCAUUGGCGAUAGUCAAUGUUGUCAAGUUACCACCUUCUCCACCUCAAUCGACCGAUGCUGGCAGCGAAUUGUCCGACCAAACCACGUUGAGUUCAAGAAGAUCGAGUGAAGGUCGACCAGAGUCCCGAUAUUCACUACCUCCACCAUCAAAACAACCCAAAGAAAUCCUCAAAGAAGAUAUCAAGACUCCGGACAGUCAUGUUCCUCGAGAUUCUCGAUUGAUACGUCUUACUGGCAUCCACCCUUUUAACGUCGAACCACCCCUAAGUUCUCUGUACGAUGAAGGUUUUCUCACAUCUCCCGAGCUCUUCUAUGUCCGAAAUCAUGGCGCUGUACCAGAAGUGGACGACGCAACGAUCCCGGAUUGGGAAUUUUCGAUUGAAGGGUUGGUCAAGAAGCCUAUUACCAUGACACUGAAACAACUUAUUGAGAAAUACGAGCAAAUCACGGUCCCAAUUACUCUCGUUUGCGCUGGGAAUAGACGGAAAGAGCAGAACCAAGUUCGGAAAUCGAAAGGCUUCUCGUGGGGAGCUGCAGGCGUUUCUACUGCUCUAUGGACUGGUGUGCCAAUUGGCGAAUUAAUCAAGAGGGCUGUCCCGAUGCGUGGGGCCAAAUAUGUGUGCAUGGAAGGUGCAGACAAGCUCCCAAAUGGUUAUUAUGGGACAUCCGUGAAGCUGAACUGGGCAAUGGACCCCAACCGGGGCAUUUUGCUUGCCCACAAGAUGAAUGGGGAAAUGCUACGACCGGAUCACGGGAAGCCUCUGCGAGUCGUCGUCCCAGGCCAAAUUGGGGGUCGCAGUGUCAAGUGGUUGAAGAAGCUCGUAAUCACUGCCGCACCUAGCGAUAAUUGGUAUCACAUCUAUGAUAAUAGAGUAUUGCCAACGAUGAUUAGUCCGGAGCAGAGUGCAAAUGAGCCGAAAUGGUGGACGGACGAGAGAUAUGCCAUCUAUGACCUGAGUACGAAUAGUGCAACGGCAUACCCAGCCCAUGAUGAGAGAUUUUCUUUGAAUAAUUUAUCCGAGACAUACAAAGUACGAGGUUAUGCUUAUGGUGGCGGUGGGAGAAGAGUGACUAGAGUUGAGGUGACCCUCGAUAAGGGGAAGUCGUGGGCGUUAGCGAAUAUCAGGUACUUCGAAGAUGACUACCGGGACAACGCAAAUGAAGAUGAACAGCUUUAUGGUGGGAGAUUAGAUGUGUCAUGGCGAGAAACAUCUUUUACUUGGUGUUUUUGGGAUAUUGAUUUGAAAAUAGAGGACUUGGAGAUGUCAAGUGACGUUAUGGUGAGAGCAAUGGAUGAGAGCAUGAAUGUGCAACCCAGGGAUAUGUAUUGGAGCGUGCUUGGGAUGAUGAAUAACCCAUGGUACCGAGUCACAAUUACCAAAGAAGGCGACUCGUUACUGUUUGAGCAUCCUACACAACCAGCUCUGAUGCCCGGGGGAUGGAUGGAGAAAGUCAAGAAGCGGGGCGGAAACCUCGCUAAUGGGUUCUGGGGCGAGAAAAUGGGAGGUGAUGGAGAAGAAGAAGUGCUGGUUGAAGCAAAAGCAGAGAUCAGGUUAGUGAAAGAAGGCGUCGACAGGAAGAUUACCAUUGAUGAAUUACGAAAACAUGGGGGUGACGAGAAUCCAUGGUUUGUUGUGGAUGGCGAAGUCUUUGAUGGCACGGCGUUCUUGAAAGGCCAUCCGGGAGGGGCAACAAGUAUCGUCGGUGCAGCAGGACAAGAUGCCACCGAUGAGUUCAUGGCAAUCCACUCUGAAACAGCAAAGUCGCAAAUGCCAGAAUACCAUAUAGGUACCCUCGAUGAAGCAUCCCGAGCCAUUCUCUUCAACGGCGAAGCCCCCGAAUCAGCUACAUCGUCAGAACCCCGCCCCAUCUUCCUGCAGUCCAAAAAUUGGACGAAAGCCGUCCUCUCCGCCAAAAAGAUAAUCUCAUGGGACACCCGUAUCUUAACCUUCACACUCGAGCACGGGGAUCAAAUUGUCGGAUUACCAAUAGGCCAACAUCUCAUGAUUCGAUUACGAGAUCCCGUUACUAGAGAGGCUAUCAUUCGUUCCUAUACCCCUAUUUCUGAAGGUUCAGAAAAGGGGGUCUUGCAUGUAUUAGUAAAGGUGUACUUUGACACCAAGGAACGAAUAGGAGGUAAGAUGACGAAGGCACUGGAUGCUAUCCCCGUGGGCCAUUUUGUUGAUUUCAAGGGACCGAUUGGAAAAUUCGAGUACUUCGGUAAAGGUAAUUGCGCCAUUGGCGGUAAACGCAGAUUUGUCAAGCGUUUCCUCAUGAUCUGUGCUGGCAGUGGCAUUACCCCUAUCUUUCAAGUAUUGCGCGCCGUGCUCAAAGAUCCGGACGAUCAGACCAAGUGUCUGGUGCUAGAUGGAAAUAGGCUGGAGGAGGACAUCCUCUGCAAGAAGGACAUGGACGCUCUGGUGGCUGGGAACGAAGAGCGAUGCAGACUACUGUAUGCUUUGACUCAGCCGACGGAUAGAUGGGGAGGUAUCAAGGGAAGAGUGAGUAAGGAAAUACUAGAGAAAGAAGUCGGGAACUGUCCUAGAGUGGGAGAGGAUUUAGUACUAAUCUGUGGGCCGGAGGCUUUAGAAAAGGCUAUACAUGGGUAUUUGAACGACAUGGGGUGGCAGGAUCAGGAUUUGUUGUUUUUCUAA